AUGGAUGGAAACCCGGGUCCUGUGACAACUAUAGAGGACGCACGCACAGUCAUUGAAGAGCUAGCGCGGCACAAAGGGACCUUUACUCCUGCAUUCAGGCAAGAAGCAGAAGAGGAGGCUAAAAAUGGCCGCAAGGGCAUGUUGCAAGUGAUCGAAGGUAGCGAGGAGACCCGAGAAGACUUGGCAAAGGCACUGAAAAUCAUAUCAAGUGACCUGUAUACGAGCCGCGCGCGGUUCCUAAUCGAAGUCAUUCAGAAUGCCGAUGACAAUAAGUAUGCAGAGAGCGAGAUGCCGACACUGUCCAUCACCGUCUCUCCCAAACAUGUCAAGAUCGAAUGCAACGAGGAGGGCUUCUCCAGAGAGAACAUUCAGGCACUAUGCCGUACGGGCCGGAGUUCCAAAAGACCUGGCCAAGGAUACACGGGCGAAAAGGGCAUCGGCUUCAAGUCGGUCUUUAAGCUCGCCAACCGAGCACACAUACGCUCUCCUCCUUACUACUUCCAGCUGGAUCAGAAGAGAGAGCUUGGCAUGAUUACGCCGCAGUGGGACAAAGACUACUUUAACAACUACAAGCAAGAGCAUCAGACGACCAUCGUCCUGGACCACAUCUGCGACCAGACGGCAGAUUUUUCAACUGCGUUAGAAAAGGAUUUUGACGCAAUCGACCCUGUCCUAAUCCUUUUCCUGCGGCGCAUAGAACGAUUCCAUCUCAAGCUCUUCAAGUCGUUCUCGGAAGAUAAGCCGGCCAUCUCAAAAAGCUUCCAGCGCAUCAACGGGGCGCACAAGCCUGGAAUUGUGUCUCUCAAAGAUGAAGAUACCAACACGAUGCGCCACUUCUAUAAACAUCGACUCCCCGCCAUUGUUGAGUGCACAGAAAUCCGACGACUAGGAAUCACACAGACUGACAUUGUAUUGGCCUUCCCGGUGAUGGAAUAUUUGGGCACGUAUGUGCCCUCGAUACGGAGGCGAAACUUUGUCUUUGCAUAUCUACCUCUUGAUGACUUUGGCUUCAAGUUUGUAAUUCAGGCGGAUUUCCUCACCACGUCGGAUCGACAAUCGGUCGACGAAGAUAGCACAUGGAACAAAAACAUUGCAGACGCGAUUCCGCACGCCUUUGAGGCAGCUAUCGACAAGUUUAACUUCAGUAGCGAUGACUUAAACCUACACGAGCUAGCAAAAACGUGGCCACUCUACCUCAAUCUCAAUCACCAUAGCUCGAGCGCUUACUGGUGCAACAUAGCAAAGAGCAUAAAUACACACCUCAGCAGUGCACUAGUGGUCUGGGACCGAAAUCGCAUGGUCCAGGCGCCAAAAGAUCUCAUGUUCUUGGACUGGGCGCACACUCGCAAUGGUAAGCCGAUGUUUGGGCGAAUGUGCGACUAUGUCCAUCCCGAUUAUCCUGAGUCGGUCCGCGAGGCGCUCUUGUUGUUGGGUGUCACGACCCCUGACUGGAAGUGGUUGUGCGACAAGCUUAGGGAGCUACACGAUCAGAACUUACUUCACAUAGAGAUGCAAAGCAAAGAGUGGUGUUCCGAUCUCGCCAGAGUAAUUCUCGUGCCACAGGAGCCAAGGGGCGACAAAAAUUAUGCCAGAGACCUGACAGACAUUUCUCUGAUCCCCCUGGCCGACGGCACCUGGCGAUGUCCCCCUUCUGAAGAUGAUCCAAUAUACUUUCCGGCAAGCUCGGGAAUGGUCAUUCCACCUGGACUACCAUUGUCUCUCGUCGACGAAGAAGCUUGCGCUUGCCCUAAGAGGAGUAAGCUCUUUCGACUCCUUGGAGUAAAGGACUGUGACAUCCCAAACGUCAUCAAGCGGAUCAUCGAGUAUCACGCCGAAUAUAGGUUUGCAAGUCGUGAUGAUCUCAUCGCCCAGCUAAAGUUCCUCUACAAGAUGCGAGAGCAUCUGCGACCUGGCGACAUGCAUAAGGUAUACUUUGCGUGUUCCACCAGCAAGUACUUCAAAAAGGGCACAUCGUUAUAUGCCAAUAUUUCUGUGGGUGGCGAGCUGCAACAGCUUUUCUCCGGUUCCAGCGACGCACAUUUUCUGGAUGACGGCUACUUUGCAGAACUCGAUCCUUCUGAGAGAGCCCAACUCGCAGAAUGGUUAAGUAAAACAGCCGGCGUAGCGCUAGCCCCUCGCUUCAUCUCAACUGCUUUCCAGGGGCUCCACUGGGACUUUGAAUGGUUGUUGGCUAAUAAAAGCGACCAGGUUUUAGAUAUCUUGCGCCAGCACUGGAGUCUUUACAAGAAGUGUAUAACGAAGAUGGCGAAAGUCACACUAGCAAACCAUGGAUUCAUGUGCAGGUCGGGAGAUCGAGCUGCUUUGUGCAAGACCUACCUUCCCUUUCCCAAACUUUUAGAAAAGACACAAGCCUUUGGUUACGCCGAUGACUGCCAUUUCCUUCAGUUGCCUAGCGGUAUUCCAAAGGACUGGGAAUUUCUAUCAAGCUUGGGUGUCGGAUUAGAUGAGGGACUCGACUUUUAUCUGUGGAUACUCAACCAGAGAGGCUUCAAGCAACAGCUAGAUAUCAACAAGUCGAAACAGCUUUACCUAGCCAUCCAGUCGCGAGCUUACUCGCCUACCGAGGAGCUGAAGGUCAACUGUGUCUGGCAAGGACCCGAGGGCUUCUCGUCCAAGCCUGCCUUAUGCCCAGUCUACGGCUAUGAAUUGAAUCGGCUUUUUCGAGAGAUCUUGAAAGUCCCGAACGCGACGAGUGCCGACGUUAAGGAAUAUCUUGAGCAGCUUAGGCAUGAUAAGUCGACGACUAUGGCAGAUGUCACUGAAGUCUAUGUGUAUCUACAAAACCACUGCGCCAACACGUUCAGCGUCGAUGACCAAACCGCCUGCAUUGCCAUUCCCUCUCUCCUGGGUUCUGCCAUCGAGUGGAAAACUCCGGCUCAGUGCGUGUGGGGUGACGAGGAGUUUUCGCACAAUGAGAUCGAGCUAGAGAGCAAGACCGCCAUUCGUCGCACCGUAGAGCAGCAUACCCCAGCAGCGAAAGCCUUCUUUACCGACAUCCUCAAACUUCCAAAUGCUGGCAUCUGUGAACUGCUUGCCGAUUUGGCAUUGAUGCAGGAAGAGAAGCGCGACAAUCCGAAGCGAGUAAAUCAGCUCUAUGAGAGAAUUCAGAGUGGCCGUCGCCCCUGGUCAAACGCUAUAAGGCAUGUAAGCGCUUUCAAACAAAAACCCCUCCUGUUUCUUCGUGGUAUCAACGGCCAAAGCGGCCGAUGGCUGUCACUCGAGGACUGCAUCUGGACGCAGUCGGUUUUGCGGCACAAGCAUGCCCUCAUGCCUUCGUUGAAUCAAUAUUGCAAUUUGUUCCGGUAUACGUUGAAAGUGCCGAACGCAACUAUGGACAUGCUGGUCACUGCUUUGCUAGAAUCACUAACGGACCGCCCCAUGGAAGACGAGGGCAGUUACCAGUAUGUAAAGGAGCUUCUGCAAGAAAUUGCCCGCCUGCAGCAGAACGACAAGGAGCUAAAACGACUGGACAACAUUAAAUGCUGGCCGUGCCGCACGCCAAAUUGUCGGCGGGAGCUCUGCUCAAUUGGAACUUUCUACGUCAACGACCGGCAGGAUCUGUUCGACAUCUACUCUGACAGUUAUACCUUUCUCGACUUCGACUUUGAUACUUCAAAAAGACUUGCAGAUUUGCUUCGCAAUCGAGGCUGCCACACGUUUCUAUCUGAGAACGUUAUUGUAGACACGGAAUCUCGCGAACCGCUUCAAUAUGAUCAUAACCUCACGCAGGAUUUUCGAGGCCGUGCAGAUACACUUGUAAAAUAUUUUGAGUACCUCGAGUGCGAGUCACCUUACGAGCCACGGUCACUUCUUGAAAAUGUCACGGUCUGGAUUAGUGCAGACAUAGAGACGCACUAUACAUUAAAUGGCACUAUUGUGACGAAAAGCGAGGGAGGUUCCAGUGUAAAAGUCAGCCAUGAAGAAGAUGAGACUACUAAGCUGGAGAUAUUCGUCUCGGCGAACAAGCAAGCGCGCGAUUGUGCGCUCAUCACAGACUUCCCAGAGCAGCUUGUAGAGGCACUGGACCUGGAACCGGCCAAUCUCCCAGAUAUUCUUUCCCUCCUACAGGUGCCAAUCGCUUCACUGAAGGCCUUGCUGAUCAAAAAAGGCAUCACUGGCGGCGACACUGCAGACGAUAGCGAAGAAAUUUCUGUGGCAGAUCCAGUCAACAUAGACUCGCAGAGUCAUAGUGAUAGCAGCGAUGAUGAUAGUAGUGACGAGGCAUCAACGACUUCUGCAAGCGAUGUUCACUCGAAUUCCGAAGGGUCAGACAUCUUACAGUAUACGCGUGCUUCGGCUGGGUCUGCGGCUGCAAACACGACUCUACGACCACAAGUGCGUCGUGAACCUAACUCUAGGCCGACCACGCCCGAGCUUCAGUCUCAGUAUUAUCAGAAUGUACCUGUCAACGAUCGACCAAUCACCCCGCGUCCCACGGCCGCUGGUCUUUACAGCACAGAUAAUCGCAACCGGAACGUGGCGCGGAUGCAAAGCUUCGCCCGAAACGCGGGCCCUGCAUCCAGAUCUCGACUUGGGACAUCCAGCGGCCGGUCUGAUGGCGACGGCGGUGCAUUUAACAUGAGCACAUUGAGGGAGGCCCUCGAGGCCGCUGAGCCUACUGCACCGGCUCAGGUCAUUUAUAGCCCGCGCCGACGAUCAAGGCAGAUUAUAAAUCGUAGCGAGGAAGAAAUGGCCCGUGACUCUGAAGUCGGCUUUUUGGGCGAACAAUUUGUAUACACCUUGCUACGCGAUACGCUCGAGCUACCCGACUUCACGGGCGAAGGCAAUUGGACCAGCUCGUUGCGGUCUCGUGCUGGAUUCUCGGCCUUUGACCACCACGAAGUGUCUGAUUUUACCUAUAAGGACACGCGGGGCGCCCUAACCCGCCAAUUUCUGCAGACGCAGCACCCUUACGCAACCCCAGAGUGGCUGUCCACAGUUUGCGACAAUGGGAAUAUACCUCUGUUCCGCCUAGAGGUCAAGAGCACGACGAGCCAAGAUCCUACUACUACCUUCUAUAUGAGUGGGUGUCAGCUCGAGUUGGCAAAGAGGCUACGCGUCACUUCGGCGACGCCGUCAGAAGUCUACGCCAUACUGCGCAUCUCGGGCUUGGAUGCAUUGGAAAAUAAAGCAGGACAUCGGCCACAGUGGAGAGUGUACUUGGAUCCAUACACGCUCGGCAAAGAGGGCGUACUAAGAUUCCUUGCGCCUACGUAUACCGUCUCGGCUAGGCGCUGA